AUGUCGCCCUCCAAUACUUUCUCCCUUCAUGCUCAGAGACCUGGACAACAUUCCCCCUCAUUGAUCACGCCGAAAGUAUACCGCGCGCACAACGCACAGAGCCUUGCAAAUAACCCAGCCUAUCCCUCUGGGCCUCGAAGCCAUCAUCACAAUGCCAGCAUAACGUCAAAUCCUUCGCAAACGUCGCAGGGAACCAGGCAAUUAGGAGGCGGAGUGGAAGACUUGCCAUUGAACCAACUACACACGCAAGCGGCUGUCUCCAGUCCGGGACAAUUUCAGCAGCAGUCUGCACAUCUAUACAACUUCGAAGAAGACACGUCACACCACGAGUCCUCCUUUGAUGAUUUCUUGACGACAGAAUGUUCGUCCGAAAACCAUAUCAGUGAACAUACCACUCCACAGGAACUGAUUUGGGAACAACAGUUCGUUUUACAGGAUCCCUCCCAACCCCAUAUACUUGAUUCUUUGGCCUCAAACAAUUACGGGGGUGCUCAAGGAGUUUUGGGAGGCUCAGAUCUGCACGGCCUUUUCCGGGACACCGAAGAGUCUCUCCCGAAGUUUGUUUCUGGAGAAGAGCUGUUGGGCCCGACAUCGACCACCUCGUUUCCCCUGCAGACACAUACCAUCGGUCAGAUUCCCAAUCAAGACAUGGAGUAUCCAUCCUCAUCGACUGCGCCCCACAGGCGCGGGGGAUCUCAAUCGCUUAAAGUCGAUACAACCCCGAAUCACACACCAUCUCCCAACCACAAAGUUGGAGACUGGCAACGUGCAUCUUUAACUAUGCGAGCGCCAAGUCCUGUGGUGAUGGUCUCCAGUUAUGAAACCAGCGGCGCCGAACCUGAGUCCCGGACACAGGUGAUACAGAGUUCGGGGAAACGCAGCCGAGACAGCGAAAGUUCCGAUAAUGAAGAUGACAAGGACGAAGAGGAUGUCGACGACGACGAAAAUCGGCACUCGGACCCGUACUCAUCUCAUUUAAUGCCCCCGGACCCUAAUGACACAAACAACACCGGUUCUGGCCCACUUGAGAGGGCUGGUCUGGAACCUCACCAAAGAACGGGCGAUGUGGUUCUAUCAGUCAAAGACCUCGAGGAGCAGCGGCAGCGUGAUGAACGAAAUGCCGACGUGCAGACCUGGCUCGCCACCAGCGACGCUGGUGACGAGCCGGAGGAUGCUUUUGCUCGCAACCCCCGCACACGGCAAGAAGGAAGCCGGCGCCGGGCACAUACGACGGGCGCUCAGGUCGAUGCGCUCGGUCGGGUCUACUCCGAUCGGCAUAUACCUGGUCCUGGGGUGCUUAUCGAUGUAGAAACAGACGACGAAUAUUUCGACGACAUCUCCGUCACUUCUUCCCAGAUCCAAUGUCAUACCGAUCAGAUCCUUGGCGAUUACGAUGAAUCAGGCUCGCCAAAAAUGUCGCCGCAGGCUAUUGACGGCCGCGAGACGCCUGAUCAGACAGCCUUCCCGACUCUCGAAGAAGAAACUCUACCAGAGCUGCAGGAGCCCCUUCCCCGUCAAUUCAUGAGACGAGGUCCGUGGCAAGAUCCUGUUCAAGGUCUACCGACUGAUACGCGAGAUCAACCGGACACAUCGAAUGCGGCGGCAUACAAAUUCAACCAGGAAGCAGCCAAGUGGGAAACGGCCUCUAGGGCCGCCACUUGGGGAACAAGACGUCGACUCAGCGAGAGUGAAAUCAACUCCAUUUUGGAAGGCUGCCAAGUGCGACACCUGUCUCUUUCGAAGCGAGGCCGCGAGCGGGGUAAUAGCUUUUUGAACAGGGCUCGAGGUCUAUUGCCCCGUCGCGGUAGCAGUAACAUCAAGCAGGAAGAGCCGACAGAAGAUGACAAAGAGCCUACUCUGAUGGGACAUGCGCAUACAGGUUCGGUUGGGACCAUCAAACCUGCCCAGAGGAUGCCGAGCUUCAGUAAGCCCAAGUCGCCCCAAUUGAAUACGGGAAGCGCCUGGAUGGCAAUGACUGGCCAGCUCACGGCUGUCGGGCGAGGUAAUGCAAUGGCGCCAGAAGCUGAGACGCAUAAAUCUUCUCGGCCUCUCCAGUCUCUUAAGAAGCAACGCAGCAAGAGCGACGUGUCAAAGCAUGCGAAAUCUUCCGGGCCUGGGCUCGCCGAACUGAUGACUAGGCAUGGUGGUCCCCCUGUCCCCACGCUGGCGUCUCCCAUGCACGAGCGAGAACCUAUUCUUGCUGCGCAGGUUAUCGACAAGGAAGAAGCUCCAGCGGAUGAUGACGACGAUGACCAGACUGACGAAGUUGCCAUUCGAAUGGACCUGGAAAUUCGUGCAGAGGAUAUAAUCCCCACCGUGGAGGGAUUCAAAGACCAUGCGCGUCGACUCAAUCCUAGGCUUGAGCCAUAUCUCAUUGACCGCAUUGGUCAGGAGCAGAUUCGGAGGUACAAAAAAUUGGUUGAAGCCAAAAUCAAGCACAUGCGCUCCGUGCAGAUGAAUAAGAAGUGCUCUUCGGGAAAAUUCUGUUUCGGCCUUGGUGGUGAGGCCACGCUGCUCGCGCCUCGCGUCAGCUCGAAAGACCCAGAGGCCACCCUGACUCAGUUCCAAGUCAUCAAUACGACAGAUAAUGAAAUUGACGAAUCUGGUUUCACGGAAGGAGUUGUCACCCCGGCUCUAUUUCCUCCGGGUAUCCCUUUGCCACCAGCGAAACGACUUCCAGCAGAAUUUGAAUGCCACCUCUGCUUCAAAGUGAAGAAGUUUCAGAAGCCGUCCGACUGGACGAAGCAUGUACACGAGGACGUGCAGCCUUUUUCGUGCACGUUUCCCAACUGCAGCGAAUCCAAGUCGUUCAAACGCAAAGCGGACUGGGUACGUCAUGAAAAUGAGCGCCACCGUCACUUGGAGUGGUGGAAGUGCAGUAUCCAAGAAUGCUCUCACAUAUGCUAUCGCAAAGACAAUUUCGUGCAACACCUAGUCAGGGAGCACAAAAUGACCGAGCCUAAGAUCAAAAGCCGAGGAUCUGGCAGCAGUAAAACAAAGCCGGUCAACAAUGGUGGCUGGCAAGGGCAAGAGGAUAGUGAGGUGUGGCGAAUGGUCGAGACCUGUCGAUUCGAGACGCAAAACAAGCCCCGCGACGAACCCUGCCGGUUCUGUGGGAACGUGUGUUCAAGUUUCAAAAAGCUUUCGGUGCACAUGGGGAAGCACAUGGAACAGAUUGCGAUGCCGGUGCUGGAGCUGGUGAACAUGCGUCAAGUCACGCCCGAAACCAUCAUCAGCCCCAUUGAUCAGCCGCAGACGAUGUCCUCGACGAUGCCCGGAACGACACCGUUUUCACUCUAUCCCGGGAGUGCGGCGCCUGCGUACCAGACGCCCUCUGCAGGGCAGGCGCCGCUGUACCAACCAUCCUCUUCCGGACAAUCGCCUGUUUCGAUUCAUGGACGAUCUCCAAACGGAGGACUCCAAUAUGAGCAAGGCUACUAUAGCCCGCACUCCAUGACGCCCGUGGUACAGGGACAGAUGGUGGCCGGGACGUACCCCAAUGUCGGGUCCCUAACACCGCAAUCUCGCGUGUAUAUGGGACGAUCAGAAUACAUGGGGUCACAAGAUAUGGGACAGCAAAACGGACACAAUCUAUCACCCCAGAAUCAGAUGGUGACGCCUCGAUCGCAACCGGUGGGGGCCGCAUUCGGGAAUCACUUCUACGACUCGACGGGAGCGGAUUAUACUCAAGCCCCACUACAUACUAUGUACGCGAAUGCCCCUCCCACGCAAGGAUACGUGCCUCAGUACGCCUCAUCAAUGCUACAAGAUCCCUCUGCACAAUCACCAAUGGGGGUAGACGGUGGAUCAGGGCUAGGAUUGCAGACGAUAAAUCAACAAUACGGAUACGGGGCCCCAGGAAAUCAGGAUCGAGGUGCGAACAUGCCGUUCUCUUGA